AUGCUCAUUGGCUUCUUCUUUCUGCUCCUCCUCACAGGUGGGGCGUCCUCUCUGGGUAACUGCAGUUAUCAUGCUGUUUUAAAGCACUUGGACUUGACCAAUAAUAAGGAGCUCUACACCUUGACUCGACCUGUUAAUAACUACACAUCAGCCACAUCGGUAAACCUGGACGUCCGGCUCUACGCCAUUCUAGAGAUAGUAAAAAAGGACCAGAAAUUUGUGCCUUAUGUUUGGGUCACCAUGUGGUGGAAGAAUGACUUCAUUGGUUGGAAUCGGGAUGAUUUUUGUGGUAUUAAAUCUGUGUCUGUUCCUACUGAACUAAUGUGGAAGCCAGAUGUCACUAUUGAGGAGAUGACAGAGAAGGACAAGGCCCCUCCAGCCCCUUAUCUCACCAUUCACAGUAGUGGUUAUGUCGAACUUGCAAAUGACCAGGUGAUCGUCAGCACCUGCAGGAUGCACGUUUACAAAUUCCCCUUCGACACUCAGACCUGCAACCUCACCUUCAAGUCUGUCAUACACUCCAUUGAGGAAAUCAAGAUUGUCCAACACACCAACUCCUCAGAGGCCACAGAGGACUCCCGCAAGGUGAUGCAGACCCAGUUUGAGUGGCUGUUUGUCAACAUGACAGUCACCAACAAAAUUGUCAAAUAUUAUAACAUAAACCAAAGUGUGGUCAUUUACACUGUCAACAUGAAGAGGAGGUCAGCCCUCUACAUUGUCAACUUUAUACUACCUGUUCUGUUCUUCUUGGGUCUGGAUUUGGCCUCCUUCUUGAUCUCAGACAGCGGAGGUGAGAAGCUGAGCUUCAAGGUCACUGUGCUGCUCGCUGUCACUGUGAUGCAGCUUAUUCUGAAUGAAAUCCUGCCUGCCUCGUCAAACAGGAUCCCACUUAUAGCGGUCUACUGCAUUGGGAUUUUUUCUUUGAUGAUGCUCAGCCUCUUGGAGACAAUUUUGGUGAUGUACCUGAUAGAGAAGGACUCCGCAUCCCAAGACAAUGAGACAGACAGAGGCCAAACCCUGAGUGAGGACUGUAGGGACAAACGAGAGGAGGUUAAUAAAUCGAUUCAAGGUUGCAAUGUGUCUCCUGGUAAAAUGCCAUCUGAACUGCUGCCGGUGGAAGAGGAUAGCGGCAGCCAACUGAUGGAGGAGGCCCACACUUCAAAAAAAUUCUCAGAUGAUCUGAGGGAGGCGCUGAAAUCGGUGACUCUGCUCCUCAACAGCAGGAAGGAAGAGGAGAAGCCCAAUGCCUGGACCAGAAAAACUAAAACCAUUAACAAAGUUUUUGUGAUUUUCUACAUGACAGCUGCCAGUCUGUUUUUACUCUGUAUGUUCUUCAAUUGGAUUAAGGAUGAACAGCACUAAAUAAUGAAACAUACAUGACCCCACAGAUCAAUAGCCAAGAUGUAAUGUGCAGGUCCUCCAGUGGUAUUGCAACUGCACAUAUCUGUUACAUGUUUCACAUUGUGUGACUUAUGUCUCUGCUAUGUAAUAAGCACAGUCCUUAAGGAAUCCAUCAAUACAAAUAUUUCCUAAAAACAAAGCAU